AUGAUUUGCUUGAUUACCUUUCUUGUAGCGUGCACUACAGUUGUAGCUGGCACCGCGAUUCCUGCUCAAUCAAAUAAACUUGAUACGCAGCACCAUGAUGACAUCAUGGCCAAACUCAAUCGGCCUAUGCCGCCUGCAGCCCGCAUGGAACCAUACCAUCCAGACAAUAAACCCUCAGUAGAUUCCAUUGUCCACUGGUAUGAUCCUACUCGCGGCCAAUCAUCUACCAUUCUCGCUGGAAUGCGCAUCACUGCCUCUGUUCCAUCUGUCAAUCUCAACAAUGUUCCUACAAUGAAAUCCGUCAGCUGCACUAAAAAUUCUGUUGUAGUCAAGUUUAGCUCUAUCAAAGACAUUGAGCUCUGGUCCAAUUCCAAGGUUCUGUUGAUUAUUGCAUCGAUUCAUGGAUGUGGCAUUGACGGAUCUAAUGAGUUUGUAUUGCGCUUGGCUACUAAAAUGACAGUAAAUGCCGCCAAAAAAUCCAUCAAAUUUGUUACUGUUGAUCCCAAAUCGGCCGGAGUAACUGGUGCGUUUGAAAUGUUUGCCGUUCCUGUCGCACAAGAUCGUCAGAGCAUACCUACAAAAUCUACAAACAUGUAUCCUAUGGCCAAUUUGGAUCGUGUCGGACACGGUGCAGUUGAUUUUGGUACGCCUUACAACAAUUCUUUUAUCAUCCCACUUAAUGUGGAUAUGAGUAUUAACAAAGAUGUCAAUCUUCCGCUUGGAAAUGUUGGCAUACUAAACGCUGGGUGUUUUCCUUGUGGUAUUCACGGAGUUUCUGCUGUUAUUUUCCGUUCGUUUGGAAAACUCUUUGAAAAACCCGAAAUGUCAGUUGAAUGGACUGGCCAUGUUGAAAUGGAGGCCAAUAUUCAAUUUAAACUAGAUGUUCAAGCCAACGUCCAGUCUUCUGAGGUUACUAUUAUAGAAUACCCACUCACUCCAAUCAACAUUCCAGGUGUCCUUAUCCUUGGGCCCGAUGUGAUGCUUAAUGCACGCGCCAAUUCCGCCAUCUUGACUGACACUCAUGUUCAAGUAAAUAUGACUGCAUCUGUCCCCAACUUUAGAGCGUUUGUAUCAAGUGCAGCACCCAAAGACAUUAGCGGUUUCACGCCCAUCUACACCAUGUCAUCUGAUUCGCACCUUAUGAUUGAUGCUAAAAUAAGCAUAUCGCUUAUUCCCAAGAUUGCCGUUGUUGCCAAAGUAUUUGGAAGUGAUUUGCUGCAUACAUCACUUAAACUGGACAAUCGUGCGGAUAUCAAAUUCAAUGUUGCUGAAGAUGGAAGUUUGUCCACGGGUAGUCAAGGUAAAAAGGCUGAACAUGUCAAAGGAUGUGUAAGUCUUGGACUGGGAACCAAAUUGGUUGGCGAGAUUUUUGGUAUAUCGACAGAUUUGGUGACAGUUCCAACAGUGGUAUUGGUUGACAAGUGUUUCACUAGCGUAUCCAAGUAA